CUGUGCUCUUUUUUAACUCUCGUGAACCAAAAAGCCUUCUGUUUUCUCCUCUUUCUCUUCUUCUUCUCUCUGAUAAUUUCCUCUACAGCAAAAGAAAGGCCUCCUCCUCUCUCAUCUCUCUGUCUAUCCUAUCUUUUUCUCCUCUUAAACUGGACUUUCUUUUCCUCUUUCUUUCUCUCUCUUCCUUUUAAUUAUUCCUUUUUUUUUAAUUUUUAAUUUUGUUUCUUUUUUUGCUCUCUUCUUCCUUUUCUCUUGAUAGAGUAGUAUCAAACACACACAAUAGCGCACACCUCGUGAUGAUGGCAUCUUACUUGAGCCUCACUUUUGGUCGUCUGUACUCCAAUACCGUUUACACUCACAAUACUGCUCUGUCAUCCAUACUCAGAUUACCUGCAACUUAUUCUUUUUUUCGAUUCUUUUAGCCCCAACAUCAAAAGAGGAGUGAAAGAAAAAAAAAAAAGGAAAGCUUCAAUCUUUCUCUCCAAUGGCAUUGUUUUCCGAUUGUUGUUGCUCUGUUUUAUUCUUUGCCUUGUUGUUAUUGUCUUUGCCGCCGAAUCAAUUCCGGGCUAAUUCUGAACCGACCCAAGACAAGCAAGCACUGCUCGCCUUCUAUUCUCAGGUUCCUCAUGCCAAUCGAUUACAAUGGAAUGCCUCCGACUCUGCUUGCAAUUGGGUUGGGGUCGAGUGCGACCCGAAUAAGACUUUUGUUCAUACUCUCCGGCUUCCCGGUGUUGGUCUUGUUGGAGAUAUUCCGGCGAAUACUCUGGGUCGGUUAACUCAAUUGAGGGUACUCAGUCUCCGGUCCAAUGGUCUAUCCGGGUCGAUUCCAUCUGACUUCUCCAAUUUAAAGGCUUUGCGGAAUUUAUACUUACAGAACAACCAGUUCUCCAGCGAGUUUCCGGCGAGCCUCACCGAGUUGACUCGGCUGAACCGGCUGGACUUGUCCAGUAAUAACUUCUCCGGUCCGGUUCCAUUCUCCUUGAACAAUUUAACCCAUCUGACCGGACUGCUUCUACAGAACAAUAGCUUCAGUGGAAGUCUCCCCAGCAUUAACCCACCGGCGCUCGUAAAGUUUGACGUUUCGAAUAAUCAACUGAACGGCUCAAUUCCGACAACCCUUGCUAAAUUCCCGGCGUCAGCAUUCGCCGGAAACAUCGCCCUCUGCGGCGGCCCUCUUCCGCCGUGUAAAUCAUUCUUCCCACCCCCUUCCCCUGCACCGGAAUCCGAGCCGCCGACGACUUCCACCCACAAAAAGUCCAAAAAACUCUCCACGGGAGCAAUAAUUGGGAUAUCAGUAGCCGCCGGAGUGUUUCUGCUCCUCCUUUUGCUAAUUCUUUUCCUUUGUUUACGAAGAUCAAGGAAGGGCCAAACUUCAAAGGCUCAGAAGCCUACCUCUACAGCAAGGUCAGCCGGAGGAGUCGGGUCAGUAGGGGCAGCAGAGGCCGGAACAUCAUCGUCGAAAGAUGACAUUACCGGUGGCUCCGCCGGAGAGGAAAGGAAUAAGCUUGUGUUCUUUGAAGGUGGGGUGUAUAGCUUUGACUUGGAAGAUUUGUUGAGAGCUUCUGCAGAAGUACUGGGAAAAGGGAGUGUGGGAACCAGUUACAAGGCUGUUCUGGAAGAGGGAACUACAGUGGUCGUUAAGAGGCUGAAAGAUGUGGUUGUGACUAAAAAAGAGUUUGAGCAGACUAUGGAAGCUUUAGGGAAGCUUAAGCAUGACAAUGUGUUGCCUUUGAGGGCUUACUAUUAUUCCAGAGAUGAGAAAUUGCUGGUCUCUGAUUACAUGCCUGCUGGUAGCUUGUCUGCUCUGCUACAUGGGAGCAGAGGAUCUGGCCGGACACCUUUGGAUUGGGAUCAUAGGAUGAGAAUUGCAUUGGGUGCAGCAAGAGGCCUUGCACAUCUACAUGUUUCAGGAAAAGUGGUUCAUGGCAACAUUAAGUCAUCCAACAUUCUUCUCAAACAAGACAAUUCUGAUUCAUGUGUAUCAGAUUAUGGAUUGAAUCCACUCUUCUCUAACCAAAGCCCUCCUAAUCAUAGAGUCGCAGGCUACCGGGCACCAGAGGUGCUUGAAACCCGUAAAGUCUCUUUCAAAUCGGAUGUAUACAGCUUUGGUGUAUUGAUCCUUGAGCUCUUAACUGGUAAAGCACCAAAUCAAGCUUCAUUAGGUGAAGAAGGCAUUGAUUUGCCAAGAUGGGUUCAGAGUGUUGUGAGGGAAGAAUGGACAGCUGAAGUUUUCGACGUUGAACUAAUGAGGUACCACAAUGUGGAAGAAGAGAUGGUGCAGCUUCUUCAAAUCGGAAUGGCAUGUGUCGCUACAGUACCAGACCAACGGCCUGCUAUGGAUGAAGUGGUGAGAAUGAUCGAAGAUAUGAACAGAGGCGAAACAGAUGAUGGUCUACGGCAGUCAUCCGACGAUCCCUCAAAAGGAUCAGAGGGCCACACACCUCCUCAGGAAUCAAGAUCUUCACCUCGGGGUGUCACUCCUUAAGGGGGGGAAGAAAAUGCAACAAAUAAAAGUAACAUAAUUUAUUAGGAAAAAUGUGAAGAUUAAGGAAAAGGUGAUAAAAAUAAUGGUCACUCUUUUUAAUUUGCACAGCAACCAGAAGAUUCUUCUUGAGAAUUAUUUAGAUUUGUAAGUACGGGUUGACCCUUUUGUGAUCUGUUUAGAUUUAUUGUUUUUUUUUUUCUUGGUAGGGGUUCUUUCUUUUGUUCAAUUUUCUUGGUGGGAUCAAAUAUGUUUUGAAUUUAUUUUUUUGGGAAGGGGUAGAUGAUUUCAUCAUGGUUGGUGAAUGGUGAUAGCUGGAAAUUUGAGAGGGAUCUGGUGUUGUGGGGCUUGGGGAAUUCCAUGUACUGAUUGGAAUUUUGACCAUUCAGUUCAGUGAUUUUAGCUGUCUCUCUCUCCCUUUGUGUAUUUGAUUCUUUUGCUUUGAUCAAAGUUUCAUACUAGUAUUACUGUUCCUUCAUUCGAUGCAUUGGUCUUGGCUUCAUCAUCCUCACUCGUAUGGGUCACUAUUAUUUUACUACUACACUGUUCACUCUGUCACUCUUUUUUUUUUUUUUUUUUAAAGUCCAAUGAUUCAUGUCA